AUGGGUAACGGCGCCAAGGCUCAACAGAAGCGCGAGCGCAAUGCUAAGGACAAGAGCACUGCCAAGUCGCAGCUCAAGGUGAACGAGAAGGCUUGUGAUAUUCAGUGCCAGAUCUGCAAAUCUACCUUCCUCAAGACCACAAAGGCCCCUGCUCUAAAAGAGCAUGCCGAGAACAAGCACAGCAAGACCAUUGCCGACUGCUUCCCCAACGUCCAAGUCGCAUAG